CCAUUCCCCACCUCCAUUUGCCUCCUCCUCCACCUCUACCCAAAUCCAAAUCCAUCCCGCCGGAACCCUCGCCUCCCCCAUGGAGAUCUCCUUCGAGGCGUGGGAGGGCGUGCAGCGCCACGGCCAGGACAUCGCGGACCGCCUCGCGCAGGGCUUCACGGGCCUCCUCCAAGCCGCGCCGCCGCAGUUCCCGUGGCCGCCCGCCCCGCACAAGCGGACGAUGAUGCCCUUCGACCUCGACCUCCCCGUCGGCGCCGCCCGCCGCGGCAAGGACGUCUUCCCCGCCGCCGCCGUCGCCGUCGCGUCCGUCAUCGACAUCGGCGGCAGGCUCGGCCAGGCCGGCGUCGAGAUCGGCACCUCCGUCGGCGGGGCCGUGCAGCACGCCGUGCGCCGCCUGCCCGUGCCCUUCCUCGGCCCCGCCCAGAUCCGGGGGGCCCGCGGCAGCAACCUGCCUUCUCCCCCCGCCCCCGCCGGCGACGGCAUGGCCGUCGAUAGAACCGUCGACAGGUGCCCGCUCGAGGCCGCCGCCGCCGCGGCGGCCGCGGCCACCGGAAGCGCCGCCGCGUCGACCGUCAGCGGUUCUACCAACGGGGACGACUUGGACGAGGAUGACGACGGGUAUGGCUGCGAAAUCGGAACCCUCGGAAACUUUAAGAAGUCCAAGGGCACCGUAAAUAUGUCAGCGACAUACAGCACCAGGAACCACGACGUUGAGAGUUCUGUUGUUGCACGUGGAGACCUCUGGAGGCUAGAGGCAUCACGUAGCGGUUCAACUUCUGGAAACGAUAGUUCACCCCUCUACCUUGUUCAGUUGGGGCCUUUGCUAUUUGUUCGUGACUCUACCCUCCUAUUGCCUGUUCAUCUGUCAAAGCAACACCUGCUUUGGUAUGGUUAUGAUCGCAAGAAUGGAGUGCAUUCCCUCUGCCCAGCUAUUUGGUCGAAGCAGAGGAGAUGGCUAAUGAUGUCGAUGAUGUGUCUAAAUCCUAUAGCCUGUUCCUUCAUGGAUGUACAGUUCCCUAAUGGGCAAGUAACCUACGUUGCUGGAGAGGGAAUAACAGCUAGUGGUUUUGUUCCAUUAUUUGGUGGGUUGCUUCAAGCUCAUGGGAAAUUUCCAGGAGAAACAAGGAUGAGCUAUUCUUGCAAGAAUAAACGCGGCACAAGGUUCACUCCUAUGUUUCAAUGGCCUGACAAAUCUCUUUCACUUGGAGUUACACAAGCCUUAGCAUGGAAAAGAUCUGGUCUUAUGGUGAGGCCCAGCGUACAAGUCAGUUUAUGUCCUACAUUUGGAGGAAGUGAUCCUGGGGUACGUGCAGAGGUUAUCCAUUCAUUAAAGGAGGAACUGAAUGUGAUGUGUGGUGUAUCUUGCUCAAGACAUCCAUCAGCUUUUACUGCUCUUUCUAUUGGGCGAUCAAAGUGGAAUGGACAAGUGGGUAGUUCUGGAGUAGUAGUCACAUUGGAAACACCCCUUAACAACAUUGGAAGGCCAUCAUUAUCUGUGCAAUUGAAUGGUGGUUUUGAGAUUUGAUGUCUUGCUAAGAAGUUGUACAUACCACUGUACAUAACACCGCCACUAAUUCCGAUGCUCCGUACUUGCUGGGAUAGCGCCUCGACCUGUUACAUGUAUUUGGAAGAGAGAUGCAGCUUGUGUGUGUGGCGAUAGGUCUUGACCAGGUAAAUCAACUGUUCUAUUAGACAUGCAGACCGAGACUUCCAUGUUUCUCCAAGAGUUCGUGAUGAAGUGAUAAAUCAGUUCUCAAGUGUUCUCUUCUGGAAUCGGAAUGAUGAAGCUGUGAGCUCAGUCCAGUCCGCCGUUUGGACGUUGAAGGAGGGGCUGUGAACUGCUAUGUGGUCGAGCAAUGGAGAUGCUCUAAGAUGCUCUUCCUUUUUGGUGCAAGACUGGCAAAUUUUAUGCUUUGGUGCUGAACUGUCUGCCAGUUUUGGCAGCCACCACUGUUGAUUGUAUACAGGCUGCAUAGUUGAGAACCGAGACGGACAAAUCUUGGUGGAUUAAUUGGUGUGCUUAUUUUUCCCUGCACUCUUUUAUUCCUCUACAUGUAACGCUCACUAAAGACUUAAGCAUAUACUGUUCUGGCUGAAUUUGAAAAUUUAAUUUCUGCCUUGGAUGGUUUAAUUUAA